AUAACCCCCGCCGAUCCGGCUCCAGUACGAGUCAGAGCCCCGGCGGGACGGUCGGGGAGGAUUAACCUGUUUGACCCUACUGUAGCGCCCCGCCGGCGUUCUCCUCCGCAACCUCGCUCAUCGGAUGUGGGCCUGGCCCCAUCUUUGGCCAACGUCCAGGAUAGCGGAAACAGAUUCGCCCACUUGAAGAAGUUACAUGGCCCGGAGAUAACCCAAGCACCUUUCAAAAUCCCACCACUUUUCCCAUAUGAGAGGUCCGUAGUGUACCUCCUCGUCCCCCCUACCACUAAACAAUUGAAGCACGCAAAGUCCGUGACUUUGAGUGCGACCACAAUUGCCGGGGACGAGCUCUCACUUUCAAUUCCAAUCACUCACAUCAAGCAGCCGGGAGAGACUGUCCACCAACUCGCCGCUAGGAUGUUAUUACGUGAUUUGGAAGAGGGUAGAAGCUGGCUUCAUUCUGAUAAAUGCGGUGUUCCAGGAGGAGAUCCGGCGCGAGUUCAGGAGUACGUCCAGAGAGAAGGUGAAGAGGUUGGCAUGAGGUGGUCACUGGCGAGUAAAUGGACUAGCUUUAUAGGCGUGGAAGAGGAGAUUAUGGAUGUGGCCCCGAUCCGGACCCCCGCGCCACCCGAGGGAGAUCUAUCAGCAUUGUCAGAGGGCAGAUCCUCCGCUCCAUUUAUACCUAAUAUAUCGGCCGAAACUAGUGCAGAGAGUGAAGAUAUCGAGACCGCUAGCACAUCCACCUCCUCUCCCAGAUUCGAUGGUAUCCCCUUGCCAAGGUCUCAUCCUACGCAUUCAGUUCCCGUGACGAUAGGUUCUGAAUCUCUGCCGCGUGUUCUAAGGGGGGCUCUAGUGGUGAACAGUGGGGUUGAUACAAUGAGUCGCCUUCUGGCUCCGAGGGAUACGCCUGAUCCCACACAUCCGAUAUGGGCCCGCCCGAUGCCCCCUCCCUACGGGAGCCCACAGCAGUCCAGACCGGCUCCCAUUCAGCUCGAGGAAGAUCUCUGCCUCCCACCCACUGAACCAUACCUCCCAGCCUCCUCUAACCUGUCCUCUUGCGCCCCGAAAUUCAGAAGCCGCAACAACUGCACGAUAGCAAAAGCCGGCUACGGAAGCGACGAUGGCAGCAUCCGGCGAGACUUCAGCAGCCACUCCAAAAGCUUCAACCUCUCCGGAAGCUUCAACAAUUUCAACAGCUUCAACAACAACGCCAACUGCUUCAACGCCGUCGGGAUCCUCGAUCAUCAGAGGAUCGACGACAAGCCGGGGCUAGACCGAACAUCCACAGGAUCUCCAAUAAACAUCUACAGGCUAAUCACUACCCAGAAAUUCGACGGCAGCUUCCACACUGCGGACGAGUAUGUGGUUGAACUCCUAGGUUCCAGGAUGGAUUCGGUUCCCGAGCCGUGCGGCGGAGAUAAAGUCGCUUGGGUUGCGUUGCUCAUUGCAGUGCUAUUAGAGAGGAGGUAUGCUUACCUUCGAGAUGUAUGGGAGUUGGUUGUUAGGAAAAUUUGGGUAUUCUUGAGUGGUAGGGUGGGAGUGAAAGUGGAAGAAGUUAAGGUGAUAGCGGAGGAACUAGUUUCUGACUUAAGCGAACAAACAAACUAUCGCGAGAGCAUGCCGAAAAGCCCCCCGCAGUUCCCAGCAUUACCUGAGAAGGAAAUGUAGGGAUAACGACUUUCUUUCUAUGAUGCCCCACCUUUUCUCAUUGUAUCCCUAAGUUAACGGCAUCUUGCUAACCAAAAUGAACAGCUCCCAGCCCCGACGUUCGAGGAGUUCAGGAUCUCGCUUCCUUUGCAGUUUCCGGGGAUGUAGGAAGGACUUUUUCCGAAGCUCGGAAUUGCGGCGCCAUAUUCUGGUUAAGCACAAAGGGGACCUGGGAAUGAAAUGCAGGUGGUGCAGCAUUCGCGUCUGGAGGAUGGAUCAUCUCCGCUAUCACGAGAGCAGAGGGGCGAAGGUCUGUCUGAGGAUGAGGGAAAUGGCGUCAGCGGAUUUGUGA